CUUUCGCUUCACCGACUUCACGCCAGGCGACAUCAUGGCUUCCUCGCGGCGCUUCCUGCUUCUCGCGCUGCUAGCGCUCGUCGCCACGGCCAUCCUCGCGGAAGCCGCCAGCAAGACCCGCUCGCAGGCGACGGCAGGCGAGGCGAGGGACAAGGCUGCUACCACCAAUAAGCGGGCGGGCAGCUCGGGUGCCACUGGAUCGGCGUCUGGAAAGAAACCCGCCCGCUCCGAAUCGCAGCAGCCGGCAGUGCAGACGGCUGGCGGCAAGCGGCAGGGGCAGCAGCAGACGACGAUGGGCGUGAAGCAGCAGAAGUCGUUUGACGGCCACGUGGCAGCGAACGGAACUCGUGUGGCGGGAGGAAAGGGGCACGUGAAUGGCACGAGGCAUGUGAAUGGCACGAGGCACGUGAAUGGCACGAGGGUGGGCGGGCGGGUGGACGGCAGUGGGGCGGCCCACAGCGUGAACGGCACUCGCAGGGCUGCUUUGAACGGCACUGACGGCCGGGGCAGGCCGCAGCGGGGUGGUGCUGCUGGCGCUGGCGGCCGUGGUGGUGGUGCUGCUGGUGCUGCUGGUGGUGCUGGUGGUGGUGCUGCUGGUGCUGCUGGUGGUGCUGCUGGUGGUGCUGCUGGUGGUGGCCGUGGUGGUGCUGGUGGUGGCCGUGGUGGUGGUGGCGGGCGCAGGGAGGGCGGCCCUGCUGGUGGCGGGCGUGGCGGGCGAGGAGGCAGCGUGAUUGGUGUGGUGGGCGUGCGGAUGAGUGGCGAGCAGAUGGUGGGGUCAGCAGGCAUGCCCAAUGCCACGGGCCGCCUGGAGCUCACGCUUGUCAAGACGGCCACGGACAUGGACAUGCACUACUCGCUCUCCCUCGCGCACCUCUCCUCCCCCUCCCCUCCCACCGCCGCCUCCAUCCACGCAGGCCCCGCCGCCUCCGCCUCUGCCCUCCUGCUGCUCGCCUUCCCCGCCUCCGCCUGGACCAACACCACCCGCCCCUUCCAUCGCGCCUCCAACGCCACCGCUGCUGCCCCCCCUGCGGCUGCGCGCUUCAGCUACGGCGCCAGGGGCGUGUGGGGCAACGCGUCGUCCCUCUCCGCCGCUGCGGGCGGCUCUGUGGCUGCGGCUGUGAGCACCAUUCUCGCUGCCCCCGCCUCCUUCCACGCUCUCAUCGCCACCUCCGCGUUCCCCCAGGGGGCUGUGCGCGGCCAGAUGGCCAACAUGACCCGCGGGGGGAAGUAG